AUGCCUACAAUAUUCUCUUUGGCUCUCGGUACCCAGCGUACUGCUGGCCUCGACGCACAACUGCAAUCCGCCAGGAAAAAGCGAAAAAGGUUGCAAGCAACACAAGAUGGAAUGCAAGAGCAGGGACACGACGCAUCACAGAACCAAGUCAAGAGCAACAUUGAACUUGAAUACACUGCUGUCGUAUCUCCUCUGGAGAGGUUACAACGACGUGUUGCUGGCCAGCCGCUGGAUCAGCCUCCUCCGCCGUUGCCGUUUCCUCACGCUGGAAGAGCUUCGACGAUAAGUUGGACGGUUGACGAACUGCCUGGUACCGACGAUUCGGCUACCAGUGGUUCUGCAAGCGUUGACAAUGUUUCAAGGAGUUUGCACCUCCAACAUCUUGCUGCACUGACGGCCAUAGUGCAUCGAAGUCUGCUAACAGAAGAAUUCACCAGGGCAUCAAGAGCCCUUGGCUUGAUGUUCCGGGAAGACAGUGUCAGGCGCAACGCCGCCACCCGCAAUCACGGCUAUACGGGCAUUGCUGCAGAGGUCUUGUUACGGCAAGGUUGUUCAAGAGAAGCGGCGGGUGAUAUUCCACAAGCAACGCUGCCAUUCACUCGCGAAGGGUUCGAAAAUGCUAAACGAUUUUAUGAGAGGCUUAUCAUCAAGCAUCCCUAUCAUAAAUCUUGGCCAACGUCCGUUAAUGCUGUGGAUUUCUACCUCGCGAUGUUCAAUCUAUGGAUCUACGUUACCCACGCAGAGAACAAUGCCGCUCCCUCAGACCUGCGUCAAGAAGACGAGAAUCUCGACGCAUCCGCGCGUUCCCCGCGCAUUGAUAGAACGUAUUCCCAUGCUCGAGCCAAGGUGAGGGAACUUGAACAAGCUAAUGAGAUCGCAAUCAGAAUGGAUACUUGCAUGGCGACCCUGCCAUACAUGGACGAGCCUGAACUGAUUCGACUCCGGGCCAUGGUUGCACUGUGGACUGCAGAUCUACAUGACUAUAUAAGUGAUGACCAACGAGACCCGGAGCAGCAAGUUUUCUCAGAUCUCGCGGGCGAACCUGACGAUGCCACCUCCAGGCGCGAACACGCCCGCGAGGCUGACCUUGCACGUGACCUUGCACGUGAGUUGCUGGCGCGAUUGGAAGGUGACCCGAGAAGCGAUGAAUGA